AAAGAUUUGAUUCCUUUUUUGCUACUACGAGUCUCUCUAUUUGUGCUAUAGUAAACAUCCUGCCAAAUUGUUCUCUCCAUGGCUCCACCCUGUAAAGUGGCGGUGAUCGGAGCUGGAGUGGGGGGGCUGACCGCCGCCCGUGCCAUCAGAGCUGAAGGUCUCCACGUAACAGUCUACGAGAAGUCCGACCGACUCGGGGGCGUCUGGAUUUACGAUCCACGCGUCGAGUCCGACCCGUUAGGCCUGGACCCGAAUCGAGAAACCGUGCACAGCAGCAUCUACCCAUCCCUCCGAACCAACCUCCCCAGGCAGCUGAUGGGGUUUCCCGACUACCCAUUUGGCAGCAGGUCCAAGAAUCCCGAUUCGAGGAUCUUUCCAGGGCAUCAAGAGGUGCUCGAUUUCAUCAAGGGAUACGCUGACUUCUUCCAGCUUGUUGAAUUGAUUCGAUUCAAUACUGAAGUUGAGCGGGUCGAACAGGCCGGGCCGGAGUGGGUCGUCCAGUCGAGAUUGACUUCUUCAGGUUCUGUCUCUGAGGAGAUGUUCGAUGCCGUUGUGGUUUGCAGUGGACAUUAUAGUCAACCAAGACUGGCUCAGAUUCCAGGCAUGGAGAAAUGGCCCGGGGAGCAGAUUCACAGCCACAAUUACAGAGGCCCUGAGCCAUUCCAGGACAAGAUUGUGGUGGUGAUCGGAAGCGGGCCUAGUGCAAUCGACAUAUCUGCGGAAAUUGCAGAGGCAGCCAAAGAAGUUCACCUUUCGUCCAGAGCUCCCGACACCACAGCCACCAAGUUGGAUUUCGGAGACAACAUUUGGCAACACUCAAAGAUCGAGUUUCUUGAUGAAAGUGGACUAGUUUCUUUCGAGGACGGGGCUUGUCUCUUCCCCGACAUCAUCUUCCACUGCACCGGGUAUCAUUAUUCUUUCCCGUUCUUGAAAACUGAUGGAAUUGUAAGCGUGGAUGACAAUCGUGUCGGCCCCCUUUACAAACACAUCUUCCCUCCAAAACUCGCUCCUUCCCUUUCCUUUGUGGGGCUCGCCUUUCGGGCAGUGGUGGUUCAAUUGUUGCACUUCCAAGCAACUUGGAUUGCCCGAGUUCUAUCGAGCAAAACAAAUUUGCCAUCAGAAGAGGAAAUGCAAGCUGAUGUCGAACGGCAUUAUCAGCUCAUGGAGUUGAAAGGGAUACCAAAGCACUACACUCAUGCCUUCAGCCUAGAGACGUUCUUUGAAUACAUCGACUCGAUAGCUGUUGAAGCGGGGCUAGAACAAGUGGGCGAAGAAGUGAAGUCCAUUUGUAAGAGCUAUUUCAGUUUCGUGAUAGAGAAUGGCCUUUGGAAGGCAAAGAAUUGGAGACCUGACUGGGAACUUCAACAAGGUAACUAAUCUUACAUCAUUAAUCAAUGUUGGAAUCAUCCUGUUACCAUACAACUUGCAAAAUUCACAAUAAUGAUUCAAUAAUGUAUCUACUUUAAAUUGACACAAGGUUAUGUGAAAUUUAUUUCGAGCAUGUGUUUGGUGAGUCAAAAGUAUCUAUAAUGAAACCUUUCUAGAAUUUCCUACAUAAUUGCAUCUCACUAUCAGUAAAAAAAGCUGUGUUCAUUGUACAGGCAUCAGGUUGGUAACAUUUUAAUUCAUUGUAUAAUUGUGUUUACUUACUUUUGGUUGAGAAAAUUGACCUGUACAAGAAAAAUACUAAUAAUAAUAAUGGCCACUCAUUCAAUAGGUGGGAACGUGACGGGGUUUUUGUUAUACUAUGGUAUUUUUUUUUGUCUACAGUAUGGGGGAGAUUCAUUGUAUGCAUGUCGACUUAGAGAACAAUAAAUUCGUACAAAAAGUGAAUUCAAUUAUGUUACUUAUUUAUGAAGGGAAUUAAUUGAUGCCCGAAUCAAUUUUUGCCAUCUCUGACAAAACAGUAACAUAAUUAACUUAAUGACUUAAUCCCCAGAUGCACUAUCCAAAUAGGAAAAAGAAAGUGUAGGCAUGUAUGUGUCUGUUUUAAAAUAAAUAAUAGUAACAUGAUAUGAUAU